AUGAGAUCAUGCAACUCAUCUUUUUUGUGGGGCUUGGUUUUCAUUUUCGUACUAAACACAAAACUUUUGUCGGUUCAAGGGUUCGGGGUUAACUGGGGUACACGUGCAUCGCACCCUUUGCCACCCAAUAUCGCAGUGAAGUUAAUGAAAGAUAAUGGGUUCAAUAAAGUUAAACUUUUUGAAGCUGAGCCUUGGGUGUUGAACGCACUUAGAAACUCGGGAAUUCAGGUUAUGCUUGGUAUUCCGAAUGAUUUUCUAGCUCCGUUGGCAAGUGGAGUUACGGUUGCUGAAAAUUGGGUGGCGACAAAUGUAUCCGCAUAUGUUUCACGUGGAGUCGAUAUAAGGUAUGUAGCAGUUGGGAAUGAACCAUUUCUGAAGACAUACAAAAACAUGUUCACAAAUGCAACUCUCCCAGCACUUCAAAACAUUCAAGCAGCAUUGAUCAAAGCCGGUUUAGGCCGGCAAGUCAAAGUCACUGUCCCACUAAACGCGGAUGUUUACGAUAGUGGUUCAGGCGUUCCAUCAGAAGGCAAUUUCCGGGCAGACAUCCAUGGUCUCAUGAUCUCCAUUGUUCAGUUUCUAAGUGACAAUGGAGCUCCUCUCACCAUGAACAUCUACCCUUUCCUUAGCCUCUAUGCCGACCCACAUUUCCCUGUAGACUUUGCUUUCUUUGCGGGAACGAAUGCCCCAGUUGUUGAUGGCCCAGUUUCUUACACCAACGUGUUUGAUGCCAAUUAUGAUACCCUUGUUUGGGCACUCGAAAAAAAUGGGUUUGGGUCGAUUCCCAUCAUUGUUGGGGAGAUAGGGUGGCCCACUGACGGUGACAAGAAUGCGAAUCUAGAAUAUGCUAGAAAGUUUAACCAAGGGUUGAUAAGUAGACUUAAUCAAGGACAAGGGACUCCUAAGCGUAAAACACCACCUGAUGUUUAUUUUUUUGGACUUAUCGACGAGGAUGUGAAAAGCAUAGAACCCGGGAAUUUUGAAAGGCAUUGGGGUCUUUUUAAUUAUGAUGGGACAGUUAAAUAUAAUCUUGACUUGGGACGUAAUAAGACUCUGGUCCCAGCUAAAGGGGUCCGAUACUUGCCAAGACAGUGGUGCGUGUUAGCACCAGGGGCAAGUGAAACGGACCCUAACUUAGCUGACAGUAUUACGUAUGCUUGUACAUAUGCAGAUUGUACAAGCUUGGGUUAUGGCUCGUCUUGCAAUGGUUUAGAUGCUAGAAGUAAUGCAUCGUAUGCGUUUAAUAAGUAUUUUCAAACAUUUAAUCAACAAAAAGGAUCGUGUGAUUUUCAUAAUUUGUCAGCCAUAACGAGAAUACAACCAACAACAGGGAAAGCGAACUGUAUAUAUGAGAUUCAGCUUGACCUUGGAAAACACGUGAAGGCACGUAGUCCAGGGAAGUCUGCGGCAGCUUCAAUGUGGAGAUUGCAAGAUUUCAGCUGCUCUGCCAUUGCUGUGUUUCUUUUAUUGUUGAUCGUUGGAUGGGUUUCAUGAGUGAUUUCGGUUUUGAAUCUUGCAUCAUUGUAUAUCUACUUUAUAUUUCAUUUGAUUUGAUUUAUGAAAUGGCCCAUAAUGA